AUGUGGCACCUGGGAGGAACCUUUCUCGCUCGGUCCGUGUCCCGCUCCACCAUACACGCCGCACAUGUGAUUAUUGUCAACCACUUCCUCACCCUCACUGACUCAAAGAUUAUCCAUCUUUCCUCGUCCCCCCCAAUUACACUACUGCAACACAAAUCUCACUUGUACAUUGUGCUUCAACAAGUCCAAUGUUCAUUACCCACCACCGACAAAGAGGAGAAAGUACGGCAGACAAAUUGGACGAAACCGAAAACGCCGGGUACCUCAGGAAGUACAUACGAGCAAGCGGCUUUCCUAGUCCAAAGGUGGGGGAGAAAAAGAGGAGCGGCACGUGGGAAGCACAACAGCACCCGGUCAGAUGUUUGGCGAUAUCUUAAACCCUCUGCUCGCUCAGUGGCCAGUAAGAAGGCAAUGAUUGUGAUAAAUCGCGAGUGCAACGCAACAUCGGCCGGCAAAGACGGCCGACCUAUGAGGAGGGAAGAUGAAGCCGGUGAAAGCCCCAACGGUCUGGAAAAAAGGGCGGAGGUGAACCGUCGGCAAGUUAGUGACUGGCUCCGGCUACUUCUCCGAGACAAGCGAGAGGCCUACUGCUACUACUCAGUUUUCUAUCUGGAGGAUUGA